GAAGUCUGACUGGCUUCAAACCGAGCACAGCUCAUGGCGAAAAAUUCGCCAGUCUGUUCGAGACCGUACAGCUGGAGAAGGCCCCCGUCCAGUGCCUGACCCCACAGACCCAUGGUCUGACAAUGACAACAAUGACGUGUCUGAGAACGACGACACGGGGACCUUGGGGACCGUGCCUGCUGACACGGGCAGCACCAGGGCAUGGGCGUCUGAGCAGCAGCCGUCGUCUGACAAUCAGGAGCGGCAGCAGUGGCGGUCGUCUGACAAUCAGGAGCGGCAGCAGUGGCGGUCGUCUGACAAUCAGCAGUGGCACGGCUCGGGCUGGCGUUGGCGAUCGUGGUCUGAGUGGCAGGAGGCGGCCGACGGAGACAGCGACGAAGAUUCCAGGGCAUGGGCCUGA